ACGGAGUUUUAACAUGUAACUCAAACAAAUUGAAUGAAUUAUGAAUGCAAUGAAUAUAAUUUCAAAUAUGGCUUCUCCAAGCGUCAGUUCAAUUAGUUCAUUUAGUUCAGUCAUUUCAAUUCAGUUCAGUUGAUGUUUGGCAAAAGGGUCGUUGAAGCGGACGCAAACACUAUUGAAUCUCUAUAAAUUGUGAAAUUCUGAUGUUUUCAAUAUAUAUUUUUUUACUAAAUAUAAAAUAUAGACAAAUUUUUAGCUAGCUAAUGAAUUCUUAAUCAUUGUUGGCGCUUGUAAACUCCAUUAUAACAAAACUGUGAUUACGUCGACUUCGUAAAUUGUUUCAAAACAUUUUAUCAUUUUGACAUGUUUCUUUAUUGUGUUAUAUGCAAUACCGUUUAAAACAAGUGCAACGAGUGAGCCUCUCGAUUUUAUGUCGUUGGAAUUGUGAAAAUCAAGAAAGGUGGAAGUGUUUUCGGAUUGUUUGUGUCAUCAUGAAAGACGUGUUCAGGGAUUUAAGGACGAACUAUAGUUACUUUUUGAUAGUGUUAGCGCAUUUGCGUUGUAGUACUUGAGCGUUGAGUAUCGUAAGAAGGAGGAAGUUGCGGGCGGUGAGAAUGGAGCAGAGGUGAAGCGCGAGCCGCCAUCACCGUGGAGCACCUGGUGGGCGGCGGCGGCGCCGGCGGGCUGCUGCCCGGCGCCUCGCCCCAGCACCCGCCCAACAUGCUUCAGCCCAUGGAGGACAUGAUCCUGCCACCCAAACGCCAAGCUGUAGUGGAUAGGUUGAGACGAAGAAUCGACGCAUAUCGUCGGCGACAGAACGAGUGCGUCCCUCGCUUUGACCAAUCAUUCACGGGCGCCUGCGAGCAGCAAAACCUCGAGACGAGCGCGCUCCAGAAGCGUUUCCUCGAGGGCAAGGCCAAGAGGCAGGCCAAGAAGAGCGACCGCAAGCCAGAUCUGCCCGCUAUCAGCGGGAACCUGCAUAGUAGCGUGCAUGUGCAACAAAAAUUCGGGUGCGGCGAUUACGAACCGCCGGCAAAACUGCAAUGCAGUGGUAUCGGCGGCGCCGGUGAGGCGCUCACCAAGUUCUCGGUGGAGAUCGUGCAGCAGCUCGAGUUCACCACCUCCGCCGCCGACUCGCAGCCGCAGCAGAUCUCCACCAACGUGACUGUCAAGGCCCUCGCCAACGCCGUCAAGACGUCCAACUCGCCGCCCCCGCAGGCACCGCCGCGCGUGCCCACGCCGCUUGACUGCGACCGCGAGUGCAAGGCCGAGUGCAAAUCAGAAGUCGCCGAGGACGAAUUCGUCGGCCUAGACGAAUGCGCUGCAGCCUUAGAGCGCGAUGCCGCCUCCGCGUUCCCCGGGCUGGCCGAGCUCAUCGGUGAAGACGACGGCGACGAUACUUUCGAAGAUCUAAUUACUGAAAUUGCCGAGUAUCCAGAGUUUAUGAAAGAUUUUGACCUGGACGGAAGCAGAUACAACGGUCUAGGCAGCAUGGAGCCUCCGGAAGGCGAGCCCGCGCCGCGGUACGGUGGCACGAGCGGUGAAAUGUCGCCCGCUGCGCAGACGCUAAAGCACAUGGCGGAGCAGCACCAGCAGGCGGCGGGCGGUGACUGGCGCUACCGCGGGUACAGCGCAGGCGGCGGCCCGAGCGCCGGCCCCGGCCCCGGCGCUGGCAGCUACCGCCCGCGGCCUUCGCUCGACCACCUACACAUGUCGCAGCAUCAGCAGCUGCAUCUCUCGCAACCUCAUCAUAAUCUUCAGGUGUCCGCGGCUCAGCACAUGCAGGUGAGCGGCGUGGGCAGCGGGCACGUGUCCGUGGCGGCGCAGCAGGGCAUGUACGCCAACUUCCAACACCAGCAGCCGAACUCGCAGCACCACCAAGGCGGUGGAAACGACUCAUACUCGAUGUCGCAGUCGCAGAGCAUGAACUUCUCGCAGGCGAUGCGGCCGCGGCCCGCGCACCCCGCGCACCCCGCGCAGUCCGCCGCGCAACCGCAGCAAGGGCAGCAGGCGCCUAUGGGCGUAGCCGCGGCGGGUAUCUCUCGCGAGCAGCAAGCGAAAAUGUUGCAGCAACAGCAGCAGCACAUGCUGCGCGCACAGCACCACCAGCAGCAGCAGCAGCAGCAGCAGCAGCAGCAGCAGCAGCCGCAGCAGAUGCGGCCGCCGCCGCCCGAGUACAAGGCGCGCUUCGCGGCUCCCGGGCCCGCCGCGCCGGGCGGGGGCGGGGGCGCGGCCGCCGCGCGCCGGCCCGCGCCGCCGCGCGCCUUCCCGCCGCACUUGCCGCGCCAGUACUCGCCCGACUGGCGCCACGCCAUGCUGCAGCAGCAGGCGCGCCAACAGCUCCACCACCAAGCAUUCGGCUUGGGUGGCAUGGGCGGCGUGGGCGGCAUGGGCGGCAUGGGCGGCGCCGCGGGCGCGGGUAGCGCCGCGCAGCAGCAGAUGCAACUGCAGCACUCGCGCAUACAACAGCAACUCCUGCAGCAACAGCAGCAGCAGAGAACGUCGAAUCAGCAGUCCCCUAUGUCACAUCUCAUCAUGCAGCAGAAUCAGAUGAUGAACGUGCAAGGACAGAUGUCGAAUAUUCACAUGAACCAGAGUCAGAGUAUGUCGAUGCAGAGCGGCGGCAUGGCCGGCAUGGGCGCGCACGGCGGGCACGGCGCGCACGGCGGGCACGGCGGGCACGGCGUGCUGCAGCAGUUCCCCGCGCUGCACGGCGCCGGCUCGUUCGCGGGCGCCGCGGCCGACUUCAGCCUGGACUUCCUCGACAACCUGCCCGCCGGCGACGCCGGCUCCCUCACCGCGCAGGAGCUGCUCAACUCGCUCGACAACUCCCUCUUCAACGACAUCCUCUAGGCUCGUCGGCGGGCGGGUCGGUCACGUCACGUUCGAUGAAAUACUGUGUUGUGCCAAGGAAUUCAAUGAAGAAGUCGAACGCGGAGGAAAGAGUGCUAUAAUGGAAUUUGGAGCGUAGCGAAAAAUUCUAAAGGCGUGGAGUAGGAAGAUGACGUAGAGACAUUUUGUUGUAUCGUAACCCCGCCGGUGGUGCGGAGCGAUGAUGACCAAAGUUUUAAACAGGAAUUUUAAAACAAUUUCCAGCGGCUAAAGUGAUAUUUAGAAUGUUCUUUGUCGCGAAUAACGGUGUGUUCGAAGAUUCUCCCGUACUUUUAUAUGAACUUUCAGCGUUGUUUUAGACUAUUUAUAUUCAAAGAUAUCGAUUUCAUAGUAUUUUAUAGUGUUUACGGUUGUUAAUACUUCUUUUGUAAAUAUUUUAUGAAACUUCCAGGAUGCGUAGUAAAUAUUCCGAUCCGCGUCAGACGGCACCAUGACGUUACCGCCGAUGGCGUGGUGUUCCAGUUCUCUUGUAAAAUAGCAGGUUCCCUCCUACACUUAGAGUAGGUAAAUUAAACUUUAUAGAUGUUAUAUUUAUUUGCAAUGUGUUGUAGAUAUGAAAAGAAGCACAAAAGACAUUAUAUCCGUAAUAGAAUGAGUUUACCUUCCGUAGUGAUUGUGUAGUCCCGAACCCGCAGUCCGCCUGGGGGAAAGCAACCCCACCUACUUUAUAUCAUAGUGCAAAUGUAAAUGUAUGUAAUUACGGCUAAAGUAAGAUCAUUCCUGUACCUAAGAUAAUUAUUUAGUAGAUUAUACUGUGAUGACGGUCUCAAUGGUCAAUAGGUAAACAUUAUAGUAUCAAUUAUUAUAGAUAGAUAGAUACUGUUGACUUAAGUAUUGUCAGGUCUAGAAUCGUUAUUGUUAAGGAUCUCAUGUAUUAUUUAGGAUGGUUUUGUGGAAAUCUGGAAUUUACAAAAUGUUGGUUUUUAUAAUAAUUUAAUGACCUCAUGACAUUCUUAUUAUUCCAUAUAUUUUUAUUUAUACGAUUUUGACACUCGUGAAACUAUCAUAACAUGUUAAUAUCAUGAGACACCAAGUAUCAGUAUAAGUUAAAUAAUAGUUAAAUAACAAUUCCACUUUCAUAGGGAGUGGGACGUCUGCUCUCUGCAACUCGACAAAUGAAAUACAGCUAUAGAACCAUUGAUAUAAGUAAAAGGGGUAGAUAUGUGACGUUAAUAGUUGACAAAACUAAAAUCUGGUCCAGCACCCAUACAUUUGCAAAUACUACACACCAUUAUAAUGUACAUGUGCACAACGAGCAACAAGGAUAACCAAAUAUAGUUAACAGUGCUGCGCAAGCGAGACCCCUAUAUUUUGCGUAUUCCUCGAGGUGCAACAGAGAAAAACUAAUAACAUUAUACAAAUGUGUAGGCGAGACGUACAUACUUCUUACAUUGUCGUCUUAAAGUGAUAUUAAGUCAUUUCGAUUUUUAAAAAAUAUCAAUGAUUUGAUAUUACCUAAUCUUAGACCGUCUCUCUCAAGCAAAUAUCUGAGCGAGCGAGUUACACUGAGAUUAAUAUCAAAUUAUUGACUAUCAUAUUUUUAAAGCAUGAAAUUGACCCUCGUUUUUUACUUCUGAAACCCUGGUCGACUAUUCACUAUGUUCAACUAACGUGUCGCCUCGAGAAAACCAGUAUAACGAUAUGAUCUCAGUUGAUAGGGAUCUCGAGGUUUCAGGGUUUCACUUCUGAUGGUUUUUCGGAAAAGACAGGUACGCUUGACAAGAGCCAAUAUUGUAAUCACUGGUAAUUCGUAGUUACUCCUGGUAUUUAUAUAUUCCAAUCGUUCACCGAGCGCACGACUCAAGAGAACCAAUAUAAAAGUGUGAACCUUGUUUAUUCAUAGCUACGAUACGUAUACGGAUUCACUUAUAUUGGACAAGUUGUAAGUCAUGGGAAUAAGCGCCUUCAACGUCGGUCUUUAUUAGGUAGCGUCAGGAAACAAAUAUUUAUAGAAUAUAUACGAAAUUAAAAUAAAUAGGCACUUUAUUUAUUUUAUGGAAAACAAUUAUUUUUUCGCUAACACACUAAAUAAAAUAUGUAAAAUCGUAUGUAUUUUAUAUGUAAAACCGAUAGUUUAUCUAUACAAUUAAAAAAAAUAUGCGUAGAGGGCGGUAUAAAAAGGAAAAUUAUAAUGUAUGGAGAGAAAAAAAUUGUAUCAAAAACGAAACCGAACAUCAUUUUUAAUUUUCACAAUUCAACGCUAGGCAUUUCCACUGCUGCAGCUCGUUUUAAAAUAGAAACAAGUUAAAGUUUUUUCUCUAAACAUAAUAGUUUUAAUUUUUUUAACGUUCAUACUCAUUUUUAGUUAAAAAAAUUGCAAAAAGUUAUAUUUUUUUAAAUCAUUCCCUAUCGAAGGCGAAAUUAGCAAAGUCCCACUUUUCUCGAUUUGAGACGGCAGCGUGCCCUUACAUUAGAAUGUUCAAUUUAAAGUAUUCGUUCUGAUUUUCAUCAUUUUCAUUUUCAUCACCUUAGUUGCUCUACAAAGAGGACAAAUUAAAACAAAUAGUCAAACGGUAAAUACGUAGUUAGGGAGUUUCGUUCUGUUCAUCAUCAGCAGUUCCACUACACUAAUUGCCAGUUUUUGGAUGAAAAUGCUUAAUUUGUAAACAAAAACCACAAAAAUCACUAUAUGUGUACCUAUAAGACUUUAAGUGUUCCCUCAAUUCUUCAUGGAUUCCAUCAUUAGAACUUUGAACCCGGGACGGGACCAUCGGCUUUAUAGGCAGGGUCACUGCCCACUAGGCCAGACCAGUCAUCAUACAUUUUACUUGACAAAUAGAGAUGAUUAUUAUUUAUUUCUUUUGUUUAUGAUAAAAGGUUAAAUUUGAUUGAUCUAAUAUCUGUUCUAAAUAUUUUUACACAGUUUUCAACAUACAUAAAUACAUCUUAAAACUACACUAUAACUCGCAUAUUAAAAUUGUAAAUCGAGCUCUCGUUAAAAAUGUUGUCCAUAGUUUUCCUAUUGUUGUACAAGUACUAUUUAGUAAUUUUUGAUGGACUAUUCCCGAUAUUUGGAUUUCAAGUUAAUGCCAGAUAUUGUUUUAACAAUACUCUCAGAAAAACUGAAUUUUUGGUUAACAACCGGUUAUUCGUAUAUUAAAAUAAAAACCGGUUACAUUCUAUAGUUUCAAGGAAUAGGAGCACAUGAUUUAAAAAGUUGCAUUAUUUAUAAAAAAAAUUGCUGACUCUACAAUGCAUGAAGUGGGCAGGCCUACUUGACACUCGGAUAAACGUGUUACUCACAUGGGUAAUGCAUUAUUUAGCUGUCGCGCUCACUCAAUAACAAGGAAAUUUUUAAUUUUAUUUAGAAAAAAUUAUGUUUUCAAAUGUUAUAACAGUACUUACGAAUGAAAAGUGAUACCGUGAGCUUUGUUUUUGUGCUUGGAGCUAUUGAAGCACUGGAAAAAGGCGCAACACGGCAUUCUUUGGCAAUAUUUUAUCGAAUUUGAUGACAAUGUUGACACUUCAGCGUCACCCGUACGACUAAUUCAAUAUAGGUCCCGGAACCUAUAUUUUGUGGCUCACGAUCGAGCGCCUGGUACCUCAUCUACCCCUAUUACGUACAUCAAUGUAUAGAACCAAUUGUGAAUGACAACAUUCCAGAGCCAAUGUUAACAAUGUUUUAACUUUAGGACCAAUUUUUGAAUGUUCUUUUGAAAUAAUAUUGCAUAUUGAUACAA